AUGUCGCUCAAGUCCAAAGAUAUGCGCAAACCUCUUCUAGCGCGCCCUGCAAGUGUUCGGUCUUCGAGCAUAUCAUCCUCACGCAGUUCACUGUCAUCAUGGCACCCGGAUGCCUCUGUGAGGCUCUUUAUUGAUAGGUCUCGCGAUGUUAGCCCUUUCGACAACGAGUCGUCACUUGGAAGUGAGACGGACCUAACGAGUGGUCGCACUUCCCCUGAACCACGAUACGAUCUCUCGCCUGUCUCUUCUACCACGGCACAAUGCAAAACACAGGCACUGAAGAAUGAUACAGAUAUCAAGCUUACAGAUUUCACACCUGAUAUGCCCACCUCUGUGCUGGUCGCAGCUGCUCGGGAUGCUGCCGCCGCAGUCGCCGCAGCCACGAACCCCGGCUCGUAUUCGCCCAUCGACGAGCCGGAGUUUUAUGUUGGAUUUGGUAUUUUACCAAAGAAAGAGGUCACGUUUCGAAGACCGCGGCGUGCACGCGCAAAUCGAUGGGCAUUGGCCACUCGCCGUUACGUGGAUAUCCUAUCGUAG